AUGUUAUCUGAAAGAUGAUAGAAAUUAAUUAAUUGAUAGUAAAAAAAUUGAUUUGUGUACAUUGUGAGACUUGAAACAUUCAAAGGUAUAUUAAGAAAAUUCGUUAUCGAUAAAAUAGUAAGGUUCGAAGUGUAUAUCGUUAUAAUUCAAUAUGAAGAGUAUGAGACAAUAAAGUGUACGGGGUUGAAGAAGAUAGUUGUAUACAUGGUGUGCUUCCCUUACUGGAAAUGAAUCUUCGCGGUGGGCUGGCGAUACUUCUUUUCAUUCUUGCGGAGAUCGACUGCACGAUCCUGAGGAUCGUUCAGGAAGAUCAUUUCUCUUGCGGAUGUCCUUCAGCAUCGCAUAGGCAGCCACGUGCGAUUCUGUCGGUGAAAAACGUCACUUCUUCUACUGUGGACAAGCAAAAGAACGUCGGGAGUACAACGGGUCGAAUAUUCAACGGGAAACCGAGUAAACGAGGCUCUUGGCCCUGGCAGGUGUCUCUACAGCUUCUCCACCCAAAGUUAGGAUUUAUCGGUCACUGGUGCGGCGGCGUUCUCAUUGAACCCACUUGGGUCGUCACAGCUGCUCAUUGCAUUCAUAACGAGCUUUUCAAUUUACCAAUUGGUGCACUGUGGACGGCGGUGGUUGGGGAAUGGGAAUUAGACUCCGGUGGACGAGGCUCGGCAAGACUACCUGUUGAACGAGUGAUCCUCCAUGAGAGAUUCAACAAUUACUUGCACGAUAUUGCGCUGAUGAAGUUAGCUAGACCAGCUCCUUUGUCCAAAGUAGUACGAACGAUAUGUUUACCGGAGCCGGAAGAGGAGCUUGCGAAUAGACAAUGCGUCGCUUCUGGCUGGGGUCGAUACGGACCUUCUCAGUCACUUUCCACCGCACUAUUAGAAGCCUCAGUGCCAUUGCUAGAUCUUGAAAAAUGCAUGAAAGCUUAUGGGAAAUCGGUAUCGCUUCGAAGCGGUCAUCUCUGUGCUGGUCACACCGAUGGCUCGACCGGAAGCUGCGUGGGUGAUUCUGGAGGACCAUUGCAAUGUCGUCGCGCAGACGGAGUAUGGCAAUUGGCAGGCGUCACUUCUUUUGGAUCAGGAUGUGCUAGACCAGGAUAUCCUGAUGUGUAUACUAGGAUACAGUAUUACGUAAAAUGGAUAAGAAAUACUAUGAACAAUGACGAUGAUGCGCAAUUUUUAUAAUUUU